CUCAGUCACGUCACUCCCUGCCCGCCACACUCACACCAACGCCUCCACGGCUAGCACGACCAUAUCCUAGUACUUGAGGCUACAACUUCAAGCCCUUGUGGAGUCUAACUUCUUGCCCCGUUUCUCCUGCUCGCCGCAGUUCUCUAAUUCCUGGAGAAGUGACGUUUUUCACAGUUUCAGCACCUCCGCUAUAGGCACUGGUGGUAACCGCCUUGCGUAUAUCAUUCUUGAAGCUCUGUGCCGCGUCAGAGGUCAUCAGAUGACUUACUUUCCAUCGCUCUUUGUAGCGAUCGCUGUGUCACCUAGCAGCUGAAGACUCUGGCUUGAGACACAGCGGAUGCUAUGCCCUUCAGAAAGGCAUCUUAUGGAACGAGAACUCUCUCUAAUAGUGAUAGUUUAUAACUCCCGUUGACCCCAUGAAGAAAGCUGUGAAAUUACCGCAGCUAACUGACAAACUCAACCCAGCCACGGUCGCAAGAAUCUAGCUUUGUUUUGUGUGUUGUCAAACGCAGUGGCGAUGUGUACCAUAGCAUUCAUGUUUCCUUAUUUUUACCAGAAAGUGUAGUGCUAAAAAUUCCUUAACUGAAUCGCUUGUCAACAUCAGGACCUUAAGAUUCUUUGAUAAAUACAACUUGAAUGAAAAAUAUAUUGACGAAAAUAUAUUAAUAAAAAUAUAUUGAUGAAAAUACAUACUUCGGUUUCUACUUCAAAAAAAAAAAAAAUCGCCUUGAGGAGAAUGUAUUGUCUUAAUACUUAAAAUUAUUCAUAAUUUGGUACCUUUCAGACAGCUGGUAAAAGUAGUUCAUGGUACCAGCAAAUCCCGGAGGCGUGGUACCUAACCCUCAAACACAUCCAGGUAUCAGAAAUAGACAUGAAUACCAACCAUCUUGGAAGCUAAGAAGGACCAGCUAGGAGUUUUACCAACACAACCUUAAUUCCAGAAUCUUAAAAAUAUAUAAAAGCAUGACUUUUAAACUGACACACAUUAAAGAAUCUUAAUUACAAAAUAUUCUUAACAACUCUGGCACCUUGCUCUCAGAAUACGCGUACCACCACCAGAGUUCAAGACAAAAUUUCUUACAUAAGAAAGGUUCAACAGUAAGACAUUUUGUAGAGUCAAGUCUCGCGAAGACGAGAGUGAGUUCCCGCGUGAAAGCCAGUCGCGAGGAGCGUAAGAUCUCGCGGCUACGCAAACCAAGUUGCACAAGGUUUCAAGUCGCACAGCACAAGGAGGAAUAGAGUUAAGAUGUCCACGGGCGCUUACAGCGAGAUUCCAGGCGUGUACAGCGAGGCUCCGCGGCCCCUGGCGGCCGCCAGGAGGGCCCUCCGGAGCUACCGUUACUGCAUCUUCGCCUCCAUGAUGUUGGCUCUGGUACUGAGCUUCGCGGCCAUGGUGUCCAUCCUCAUCAGCACCGGACUGGACGCCACCCAGCUGGACCCGCCUCUUGACCCACCUGCCAACCACAGCCUUCUCACGCUCAUGGCCCUUCCCUGGCCCAGGAGAGACGAGCACUGGUACACGCGCCGGUGGCAGAGGAGUCGUACUAUGACUCCGGAUGACCCCAACAAAAAGCAGUAUGCAGACGACCCUCUCAUCCCCGACGACCCUGACGGUGAAGAAUGGACCAUUCCCGACCACUCUACCUUCCCUGGCCAUGACAACUGGAACUGGAACCGUCGGCCAACUAAACUACCCAACUGGUCCAGCGAAGACGUCAGGAUGAGUCUGGCCCACGGCUCGACGAAGGAACAGGAGAAGGCGCUGGUGGAGGAGGACCUGGCCAAGAGGAACUUGAGCCUGGUGCCCGGCACGCCAGCCUACAAACACCAACACAGCUUUAAGAAAACAGACCCACUUGCCACCAAGAUGGCCAGGCUAGGCUACCUCAUGGAGCAGGCCACCUCCAACUUCAAAGACAGGAUGAACCUGACGAGGGAGGCAGCGGCACUAGAUACCCAGUGGGUGGGGGACAUGUCCUCGACGCCUUACUGUGAAAAGGACCUGGAACGACCGCUUCCCGCCCCCUGCACCCCUUCCAAAUAUAGAAGCGUCGAUGGUACUUGCAACAACCUCAAAAAUCCUACCUGGGGUGCCUCCUUCACCCCCUUCAGGCGAGCUCUGCCCCCGGAGUACGGUGACGGUGUGUCGUCAUUUCGCGUGGCGUCGGACGGGAGGGAGCUGCCGAGCGCGCGGCUGAUCAGCACCACCGUUCACAUCAACAAACUGGCAGAGUCACAGUCCUACACCGUCCUGGCCACCACCUGGGGACAGUUUGUCGACCACGACAUCACACUCACCGCGCUCUCCAAAGGUUCAGGUGGGCAGAGUAUCCCGUGUUGCUCUGAGCAAGUUCUUCAGCUGCCGUCACUCCUCCACCCGGAGUGCGCGCCAAUUUCUAUCCCGGCCGACGACCUCUUCUUCUCCGCCUUCAGCCAGACGUGCAUGGAGUUCACCCGCUCGGCCCCGGCACCCAAGUGUCACUUCGGCCCCCGAGAGCAGUUGAACCAGCAGACAGCUUUCCUGGAUGGUUCGGUCAUCUAUGGUGCCAACGACCAGCAGCUUGGCGCUCUGCGCACCUUCCAGGAUGGUCUCCUACGGUCACAGGUGACGCUGGACGGGAGGGAGCUGCUGCCGCCGUCCAAGGAGCCUCAAGACGGCUGCAACACCCAGGACCAGUACUCCUACGACAGGUUCUGCUUCACCUCGGGAGACGCUAGGGUCAACGAGCAGAUCCUGCUGACGACGCUACACACAGUGUGGGCCCGCCACCACAACACCCUCGCCAUCGAGCUCAAGGAUCUCAACCCGGACUGGGAUGACGAGAGGCUCUUCCAGGAGUCUCGGAGGAUCGUGGUGGCCCAGCUUCAACACAUCACCUACAACGAAUACGUCCCCAGCCUGCUAGGACCUAACUUCAUGAAGUACCUCGAGCUGAGUCCGCAGUCUGAAGGCACCCAGGUCACGGACUACGAUGAACUCGUACACCCCGACAUAGCUAACGAGUUCGCAGCUGCUGCCUUCCGCUUCGGCCACAGCCAGAUACAAGGCCUGGUACAGAACAUCGAUGGUGCGGGUAAGAACAUACAGUUCCUGCAGUUGAACACACUCCUCUUCCAACCUUUUGCUCUCUACGACGAGGGCAGCAUGGCCAACCUCGUGAGGGGGGAGACCUCGCAAAGUGCUGCAGCCGUUGAUACCUUUUUCUCAACUCAGGUCUCCGGGAAGCUGUUUCGUGGCACUGAUCAUUUCGGCCUGGAUCUAGUGUCUCUGAACAUCCAGCGUGGGAGAGACCACGGCGUGGGCGGCUACAACCGCUGGAGGAUGUACUGCGGUCUCCAGCCUGCCUCCAACUUCUCAGACCUGGCUCCAGACAUGGACUCCGGCGCCCUCCAGAGCAUCGCGGCAGUAUACAGUCAUGUGGACGAUAUAGACUUCUUCACAGGAGGUCUUGCCGAGAGACCAAUCAAAGACGGUUUAGUUGGACCAACAUUCGCCUGCAUAAUUGCUGACCAGUUUCUCAGACUGAAAAAGGGAGAUAGGUACUGGUACGAGACUACCACCCAACCACAAGCAUUCACCAAAGAGCAACUGGCAGAGAUACACAAGGUCUCUCUGGCUCGGAUACUGUGCGAUAACAUACCAGAGUUGGGCUCAAUACAGCGGUGGCCACUAAGGCAGUAUGCCACAGGCAACCCCAGACUACCCUGCUCCUCGUCCUCCAUUCCCAGAGUCAACCUCGACUCCUGGGAGGAAGAUGACAUAUUGUAGACAAGGAAGACUUACAAGAAAGACCUGUAGAGUAGACAGAGUUUUGAAGUGUGUAUCCAGGAGCAAGUAAGUAAUGAAGCAGCAACAAAUACACGGUAAAUAAAUUUCCAU